AUGUCGCCACGUAUGGGAAACUUUAUAAGCAGAAAAGAUAGUCUCACUCUCCCUGAUUGGUUGCGGUGGGGGCGAGUGGGCGUGGCUCCCGGCUCCUGCUCGCCAAAUCCUCACGCACGGGUGCGUCACAAGCCCCAGCGCAUGCGUAACCGGCCUCCUCAGUUGCGGAGGCCAGCGGAAGAAUUCACAGGGAGUGCCGGUUGGCUCCAGUCGGUGGGCUUGCUCUGCGGGCCACGAGCUGCACUUCCACCACCUGCUCCUUGCGCCUUUUCAGCUGCCCCGGGCCAGGGCCAUACAGGGGCAAGGGCCCUAGGGCCUUCUGGUGCCGUGGGGGUGGGGCUGGAUACGAUACAGGCACUAGCUGGUGGGACGGCGGAGGAGGCCACUAUCUUCAGGGUGGAGUCUGUGCCAGGAAGCGCGGCCCUGGAGGAGGGAGAGGUGGCUGCGGGGAUCGGGGAGGAGGCGGCAUUGGUGUUGGAGGACAUCAUGGAGGUGGUGGAGGUGGUGGCCGACGAGGAGCAGGACGAGCAGGAGGAAGAGGUGCAGGCAGAGGAGCGGGAUGAGAAGCUCCAGGAACAGGUGCUAGCAGAGCCAGGGCAGGGACGCACGACCACUCGGUCCCUGCUGGAGGCACUGGAGGCCCUUCAGUUGGAGCUGGAGCCUGUGAAUAAGCAAGCCAGCAGGGCUUACUCUCGACUGAAGCUCAGGAUAUGUCAGAGACGGAAGCCGCAUCUCCAACACAGAAGUACCAUCAUCCAGGGCAUCCUUGGCUUCUGGGUCAAAGCUUUUAUGAACCACCCCCAGAUGUCAGCCAUGAUGAGUGACCAAGAUGAAGACAUGCUUAGCUACAUGACCAAUUUGAAGGUGGAGGAACUCAGACAUCCCACUGAUUGCUGCAAGAUCAUGUUGUUCUUCCAGAACAACCCCUACUUCCAGAAUGAAGUGAUUGUUAAGGAGUAUCUCAUUAACAUCGCUGGAUAUAGGGCAUCUCAUUCCUCUCCAAUUCAGUGGUACCAGGGUUUUGAACGUGAGGCUUACAGCCGCAGGCACCACAACAGCAGCCUAAACUUCUUCAACUGGUUCUCUGACCACAACUUUGCAGGAUCUAGUAAGAUUGCUGAGAUCAUCUGUAAGGACCUGUGGCUCAAUCCCCUGCAAUACUACCUGAAGGGGAAGAAGAGGGAACUGAGAGGAGGAGAGGAAAGCCCAGAUUUUGAGACGAAUAUGACGGAGCAUCACCCUUGA